AGGGAUACUACCCCUAACUCAGGGUCUGAAAAGUCGGAAAAAUGAAAUUUUCGCAAAUGCGAUAAAAACGAUCUUGGUGGUCUAAUUAUAGUAUUCCGGCAUCAGACAAUGGGUUUUAAGCGUUAUUUAGGCCCUAACGCUUCAGGCUGGGCCAUUUCGCUUACUACCCUAUACAUGUGUUGUAUGCACUAUUAGCUAUAUGGUUAUAUAGAGCUGAAGGUCUCAUAUGAGGCUGGAGGUUCGCCAUUGUUAUUGUGGACGGUUCGGCAUUGCUUUGGCAAGUUUUGCUGACUGUUCAUGCAAAAAUUGGUUUGCUGGUUAACCGAUUUCAUUCAUACUGGUGGUUGCUUUUCAGUGUGCCCGAGGGCCAUUGUCAUUGGGACAUUGUAAGGCAUGCCGCCAUUGCUAAUAUUAACGAGUUUGACUGUCGUGUAAGCGGAAUGGGUCAACUUUGGCCUGUUCGUGCUGUGCAUAAUUGAUUCACGCGAUCAUUGAUCGGAAUAACUAUACAUGUGAUGUGAGUGUGUAUAUGAAUGGUGCGAAUGGUCCACCAGGGUUCUUGGUACCUGUGUGGUUGCGCCACAGGAUUGAGCUGUACCAUUCAGAUUGUAGCGUUAAGGCCUGUACGGUGUCUGGUUCCUCUGCUAAACGGGGUUGAGCUGCACUGUUUGGGUUUUUACGUGAAAGUCCGGAUGGUGUCUGGUUCUCCUGAAAACCAAUGUAAAAUUACCCUGGCCCACAAGGGUAUAUUAUAUAACUGUGAACAAACUGGUUGAUCCUGCCAGUAGUCAUAUGCUUGUCUCAGAGAUUAAGCCAUGCAUGUCUAAGUACAUACCUUAAAACGGUGAAACCGCGAAUGGCUCAUUAAAUCAGCUAUGGUUCCUUAGAUCGUAAAUGCUACAUGGAUAACUGUAGUAAUUCUAGAGCUAAUACAUGCCUUGAAUCCCUGACCCGCAAGGGAACGGGUGCAUUUAUUAGAACAGAACCAAUCGGGUGCGGCUUCGGCUGUGCCUGUUACAUUCUGUGAUGACUCUGGAUAACUUUACUGAUCGCAGUCGGCCUUGUGUCGGCGACGGAUCUUUCAAAUGUCUGCCCUAUCAAUUUGUUGGUAGGUGAUUUGCCUACCAUGAUGAUAACGGGUAACGGGGAAUCAGGGUUCGAUUCCGGAGAGGGAGCCUGAGAAAUGGCUACCACAUCCAAGGACGGCAGCAGGCGCGAAAAUUACCCACUCCCGGCACGGGGAGGUAGUGACGAAAAAUACGGAUACGGGACUCAAUUGAGGCUCCGUAAUUCGAAUGAGUACAAUUUAAAUCCUUUAACGAGGACCAAUUGGAGGGCAAGUCUGGUGCCAGCAGCCGCGGUAAUUCCAGCUCCAAAAGCGUAUAUUAAAGUUGCUGCAGUUAAAAAGCUCGUAGUUGGAUCUGGGUCGUGCGGUCGCAUGCCGCUGCUUGUUCACGGUUUUGGUUACGAUCAGGACGUGUUCAGCUCGGUGUAGUGGCUGUGCAGCCUUUCAGCCGUGUCUGUGUUAAACGGGUGCUGGUGGGUUGACGAGUUCGUCUUGUUGACCUGUCGGCAUGCUUCCGGAUGCCUUUAAACGGGUGUCGGGAGCGGACGGCAUCUUUACUUUGAACAAAUUUGAGUGCUCAAAGCAGGCCUGUGCGCCUGAAAAUUCUUGCAUGGAAUAAUGAAAUAGGACUUCGGUUCUAUUUUGUUGGUUUUCGGAUCCGAAGUAAUGGUUAAGAGGGACAGACGGGGGCAUUUGUAUGGCGGUGUUAGAGGUGAAAUUCUGGGAUCGCCGCCAGACAAACUACAGCGAAAGCAUUUGCCAAGAAUGUUUUCAUUGAUCAGGAGCGAAAGUCAGAGUUUCGAAGACGAUCAGAUACCGUCGUAGUUCUGACCAUAAACAAUGCCGACUGAUGAUCCGCGUUGGUUCUAUAAUUGACAUCGCGGGCAGUCCCCGGGAAACCUUUAAGUCUUUGGGCUCCGGGGGGAGUAUGGUUGCAAAGCUGAAACUUAAAGGAAUUGACGGAAGGGCACCACCAGGAGUGGAGCCUGCGGUUUAAUUCGACUCAACACGGGAAAACUCACCCGGCCCGGACACUGUGAGGAUUGACAGAUUGAUAGCUCUUUCUUGAUUCGGUGGGUGGUGGUGCAUGGCCGUUCUUAGUUGGUGGAGCGAUUUGUCUGGUUAAUUCCGAUAACGAACGAGACUUUAACCUGCUAAAUAGUAGACUGGUCCUCUGUGCUCGUUUAGGGCGCGGCUUCUAUUGCUUCUUUAUGGAGUAGUGUGGUCGUGAUCCGGCGGGUGCGGUGCCAGUUUUUACUUCUUAGAGGGACAAGCGGCACACUUAAGUCGCACGAAAUUGAGCAAUAACAGGUCUGUGAUGCCCUUAGAUGUCCGGGGCCACACGUGCGCUACAAUGACGGUGCCAGCGAGUCUGGGAACCUGGCCCGAAAGGGUUGGGCAAACUGUUUCAUCACCGUCGUGACUGGGAUCGGG